AUGGACACCGAAGACCCCCGCGAGCGGCCCGAGCACAUCUCCACCAUCAUCAACGGCCUCGAGCGUUACAACCCGGAGGCUGUCGGCCCUCUUGAGGAAUACCUGCGCCACCAGUGCGAAAACAGAUAUUGCGACUCGAAUGCCAACCGGACACUCCUCAAGCUAUAUCAGCUCAACCCCGACCGCAUCAAGGAUGAGCAAAUCACCAACAUCCUCGUCAUGGCGAUAACCUGCUUCCCGUCGCCGCAGUUCAGCCUCGCCCUGCACCUGAUCCCUCCCACGCUCCUCUCACCUAACGCGCGGGGUGAGCUGCCCGAGGCCAUCGCCAAGCUCCGCGAGCUGAACAACCAGCUCGAUGGAGCCCAGUACGCUCGCUUCUGGGCCACGCUCGACAGCGACGACCUUUACGCCGACAUGACGACCGACAUUGACGGCUUCGAGGAUCUCAUCCGCGUACGCAUUGCUACGCUCGUCAGCCAAGCCUACCGCGAGAUCGAGGUUUCAGUCCUCGAGUCGUGGCUCGGCCUUGAUGGUGAUGCCGCUGCCAAGUUCAUCACCGAGACCGCCGGCUGGAAGAUUGAGGGCGACAUCGUCAAGAUUCCCCGGAAUGCGGACAACGAGGCCAAGAAGUCCGAGGUUCGCGAGGACGUCAACGUCGACAUGUUCUCGAGAAUUGUCAGGAGGGCGUGGGAGGAGACGGCGUAA